CUGGACCCAAACACUGCUGGUUCAAAACUCACCCUGUCUGAAGAUCUGACCAGUGGGACUGGAGGAGAGAAACAGAAGCUUCCUGAUAAUCCAGAGAGGUUUGGGUUUUGGUGGGGUUCUGUCCUGAGUUCUGAGGGCUUUAACUCAGGGAACCACAGCUGGGAUGUUGAUGUUGGAGACAGUGUAUACUGGAGACUUGGUGUGAUAGAAGAGUCUGUUCAUAGGAAGGGAGACUUAUGGUCUCGAUUGUUGGUUAUAUGGUGCAAUGGAGGUAAAUACUCAGCAGAGUCUCCAUCAUCUCCUUCCAAACAUCUCUCAGUUCAGAGGAAGCUCCAGAGGAUCAGAGUGAAUCUGGACUGGGACAGAGGAAAGCUGUCCUUCUCUGAUCUGGACACUAACACACACAUACACACCUUCACACACACCUUCACUGACAAGAUAUUUCCAUACUUCAACACUGUGGGUAAAAUAAAAAUCUUACCCAUGAAGAUCUCAGUGAGCAAACAGCAGCUCUGAUGUUCUCAGCAUGAAGAACACAAAGUCCAAAUGAAACCUUAUUGAUCUGAUUGAAACUCAGUGUUUGAAACAGGAAACUGGAGAUGAUCUGAUCUGAUCUGACUGAUCAUCUGGUUGUUUUCAGGUCAGUUUCAGAUCUGCUUCAUAAUCUGUCCAGAUGCUACAAACUAAGACAUGAAGUGGAUGAUGUGGAGUUUACUUUGGUUCUGACAGCAGAUCCAGGUGUGCUGAUCAUGAACAGGGAAUAGGUGAGGUUAGUGGAGACAUGAGGACCCUGGAGAGCUCUGCUGAUGGAAACAAACAGAGAUCCAAACAUCCAGACUGAUGAACGCUGCAGAAGAAACUCUGAGAGGUUUUCAUGUUCAGUUCAGGAACAACUCAUCAGGUCUGGACUUGAGUUUGGCUUUAUUAAGUGUUUAGUCCUGUUUCUUUCCUAGACAUAGCCAUGAGCUCAGCUUUCACUCUAACUGCAUGUGAUCUCUUUUAUCCUUGUUGACAUUACAACAAGCUCAGGGAUCAUCUGCUUAACUUUAUUUUUCCUAGACAGAGCAGCCUAUGGAGCUAUUCUACUGUUCCCUUUUCUAACAUAGAAAGUUU